AGAAAGCACUUGAUCUAAGGGAGAUGAUGAUAUGUCCAUCGUUGCAGAAACUCUGGAGAAGCAUCCGAGCGUGUACACGACGUCGACGGCCAGCCAGGCGGAGACGUCCGAUUCCGACCAGUGCUCGAUCAGGACCCAGAUAACGAACUCCCAGCCAAACACACCUGCGACUGACAUAAUCGAUCCGCCGCCGUUGUACGACGUCUGCGACUCGAGCGAUUCAUCGAGAACACCCGCGCCGCGGCCGAGUUUCCUCGACCUGUCCGCGCCCCAGGGGAAGCCACGUUUCCAGUUCUGCAACCUGGACUCGGACCUCGAGUUCCCCGGCGGCAGGGACGCGAUCAUCGUGGAGGACGAGCUACGCAGCACGGGGACCGAGGCCGACUACGAGAGGAUCGAGCCGAGCGCGUUGUCCAGCGACGGUCAAGACAACGAUCUGCCAUCGGAGCCAGCCUCCAUGCCACCGUUGCUCUCCUCCACCAGCAGCACCAGCACCGCGGCGUUCAGCUACAAGAAUCCCGCGUAUCAGAGCGCCAAUCCUGCCUGCGGGGCCGGCAUCGACACCGCCGCGAAAAACAAGGCCACGCACUCGAGCGACCAGGACAUACCAGGGAAAAUCUUAGGAGCGGAGGAUCCCGGCGGCAGCAAGGGUUUGUUGAAGUGGAAAGGCGUGAUGUUCGCUCCAGAUGAUGGAAUAGAUAAAACCGAGAACGAAGAGAAGCCCGGGAAAGACACCACAGACUCAGCUGUCCCCAAUAAAGAUCUUGAACAAGGAACCAAGGUGUUCAUGGUCGAGCUGACACGUGGUUGGAAUAGCCGAUUGGGAUUCAGCUUGCAGCCGGAAGGAAUUCGCACAGUUAUAUCAGUGGUGCACCCUGACAGCGUUGCAGCUAAAGACGGGAGACUGAAACAAGGAGAUGUGCUUAUGAUGGUAAACGACGAGAGCGUGGAGCACAUGACAACAGCCGAUAUAAUCGAUCUUUUGCGGAAAAUAAGGGGUUCCAUUGGCAUCACGGUAAUGAGACGAAGCAAACGAGAGAACGUAACGUAACAGUAAUCAAACGGGGAAGAAAAAAAAAAUCUCUAUAUUCGUCGCAACGUCGUUCUUUUCAAUUUCAAAAGUAACAUCCAAUUUGCGAACGAAACGUCAACAAUCGGUCAAUUCCUCGGACUUUCGUUCCAAUAUAAAUUUCAAAUGACUAAUUAAAAGACAGUUCCCGCGAUAUAUAUAUAUAUAUAUAUAUAUAUAUAUAUAUAUAUAUAUAUAUAUCGUGUCGAUCGAGUGCAAUAUAUAAAUUUUGCUGUGAAUAAAAUUGUAAAUACAUAUAAUCUGCGAAAAUCGAAGCCUUAGACGCGACUACUUUUCCUCGAGCGGAACGCAACUUAGGCGACUAGCGCGCGAUUGUCGAUGUGACACGUUGCUAACGCUAGAUCGAUGAUAAAUAAUGAACUGUCCAGCGCGAUUUAUCAUUCGAAACGGACGUCCUUAAGAGUUUGUUUCAAGUAAAAAGACUGCUUUUGAGAGAUAGGAAAUGACGGGAAUGAAAGAAGGAAUGGAUUGCCAUGUAUAGAUAUUUUAUUCGAAAAGCGUACGAAGACGUAUAGAGGACUCCUUAUUUUUACUGUAAUCUUUUAAAAAACUGUAAACACCGUGUUUGAACGUAACGAGCAAGUUGCUCAUACACGCAACUGUAAAAACAGGAUAAUAUUUUUGUAAACGUUCGCCUCGUCUCUAAACCUUGAAGACGAAAGUCGAUCUGUCCUUCAGAGGAUUUGAAACCACAAGAAAUUCUAUAUAGUUAUGUAUUAUAGUAAAAACUUUAUAUAUUUCUACGUCUUGUAUAAAUAUCACAGAGAGAGAGAGAGAGAGAGAGAGAGAGAGAUAAUAUUUAAAGUUUAAAAUAUUUAAACGAAAAAUAUUCCAACGUUGUGAAAAAUAAAAGUUUGUUGAGAUUUAAUUGUAAUAAGAGAUUCUCGUUGCUACGUACCAAUCUCCAAGAUACAUAAAAUAACGCUUUUACAAGUUCGUCGACGACUUAGAAAAGCCUUUGAAUAAAUAAAUUGUUAAAAAAUCAAAAUUUGAAAGUCCUGUUAUUCGGAGUUUUUAGCAUGUAAAGAUUUUUCAAUGAGGCGAUCAAAGUGCACGGUUUCGAAUCCUACAUCCAUUAAAAGUUGACAAAUUCGUUGACAGAGUGUAAUUGCUUCUUGACAAUCCGACGAUUGUCCGUUGUGUAAUUAAAUGAAAUAUUUCUUGAAGAAAUUCCUCUCCAAGAAAGUGUUACAAUGUGAUUCAUCGUGAUAAUCUUUUCAAGGAAACAAUAAAUGUAUUAAUAAAAGGAAAUUCUAUAAAUGAAUAUUCUAUAAAUGAAUAUAAUUAGUAGCAGGAUAUUCCUUACGUAGUUAUUAUACGCAAAAUUGGGAAUUUUUUGAAAUUUGAAUGGAAACGCAGUAACAAAGUGAAGGAACAAAUCGAAUUCGGUAAUCAAAGAAUUAAUCAAAACGUCACAAGAAAUACAGAUACCUAUAUGAAGCGAAAUGAUAUAUCAUAUGAAGAAAAAACAAACUCUUCAUCUACUGUAUCCCUAUGUAUAAAUAAUUGUUAUAUAGUUUUCUCUUGUCACUACGUUCCCAAAGUUUGAAGACAAGAUGCAACUCAAACAUUUCUGACAUAUCGUUACAAGAUUAUACUGCACGUGCUUGCUAAGCGCGACACGAGAGAUGCUUGCAAAACACAAAAUACGCUCGCAGCUAACAUAUCACAUUUUCUUUCGAAUAAACGUGUGCCCAAUAAAUAACUUCUUGUACAUAUAACAUUAUACACGUACGAUGUAAAUAAAAUCGGUAUGUCAUUUGAAAGAAAGUGUGACAUUUAUUAUGCAAAUCUUAGACUGCAACAAUGUUGUUAACUAGUGUUUCUUAAUGAAACGAUAUUAUUCGUCUAUAUUAAACAAUGAUAAAGAGGAGCUGUAUGAAAUGCAAUCGUUAAUCGUAUCGUAUUUGGAUCCCGUGUAAUAGAAGCUACUUAAGGCUAUUUGAAUUUUCGUGUCACGCUCUAGAGUGUUGUUCACGCAUAACGCAAUGCUUUCGCUUGGCGCGUCAAAAAAAGGAACGCCAUAAACAUUGUAAAAAUCGUAAGCUGCACUUUCUAAAACUUGAUACUUUUAAGUAAUCGAAAGAGCUUCUAUGUAUGCUUCACACUUUGCAGCAGAUUCUUUUCAUUUAUAAACGUUUAUAAAACAUCAUCCUACAUUAAACAGGAUGGUUCUAUUUUUUUUAUUUAUUUAAGCUGUUGGUAUUUCAAAAUGACAUAGCGACGCUCUUAAAAAUACACUUACAAACAUUUGUAUUAUAUUUGAUUUCGAUUUAUUUUCUUACGUUGAACUUUUAUAUUAUCAUUGAUUUCACAUGUCUGCAGAAAGUUUUACCAAGAGUUAGAAAUAUGAAAGAAAAAAAAUCAUUUGUUCGAUCAACUUUCAUUGCGUUACUAAUUAGAAAGAAAUUAAAUUACAAAUAUCUUGUAAUUUAUUUAAAAAUAUUUUCGUAUAUGUAUAUAUUUUGUCAUUUUUUUUAAAGAAUACCACGGAUUUCUAUACACAGGGAAACUAAACAUGCUUAUAAUAUAUUUAGGAGUGUAGUAAACGUUGAGUAACUACCUCGCCUGAUGCCAUACCAUACAGCAGUGGUUCUUGAACUUUUUAUGCGUAACCAUUAAAAAUGCAAAACCAAAAGUAAUUACAGGAAUCAAUAAAUUAAUCAAUAGUGUAGA